ACAAAUCACAAUUUUAGCAAGUCAACUAAAACACAUCUCCUUUUUGACAUCUCUAGUACUCUAUCUAUUUUUCUCUCCAACAAAAAACGAUUUUUUAAAAUGGUGAAGUUAGCAAUUGGUAGCAUUGGUGACUCUUUCAGUGCUGGCUCAAUCAAGUCUUAUGUGGCUGAGUUCAUCGCCACACUUUUGUUUGUCUUUGCCGGUGUCGGGUCAGCCAUCUCUUAUGGUAAGCUCACAUCGGAUGCAGCAUUAGAUCCAGCUGGGCUAGUCGCGGUAGCAUUAGCCCAUGCCUUUGCACUAUUUGUUGGUGUCUCAAUGGCCGCCAACAUCUCAGGUGGCCAUUUGAACCCGGCUGUUACCUUGGGUUUGGCUGUUGGUGGUAACAUCACCAUCAUAACCGGUCUAUUUUACUGGAUCGCCCAAUUGCUUGGUUCCGUCGUUGCAUGCUUCCUACUUCACUUUGUUACCGGUGGCUUGGCUGUCCCAACACACGGAGUGGCGGAUGGCAUGAACGGACUACAAGGAGUUGUAAUGGAAAUCAUCAUAACUUUUGCUCUAGUCUACACAGUUUACGCAACCGCAGCUGACCCUAAAAAGGGAUCACUAGGAACCAUUGCACCUAUCGCAAUUGGGUUCAUUGUUGGAGCCAACAUCUUGGCUGCAGGACCAUUCAGCGGUGGAUCAAUGAACCCAGCUCGAUCUUUUGGACCAGCUGUAGUUGCCGGAGACUUCUCACAAAACUGGAUUUACUGGGUCGGCCCAUUGAUCGGUGGUGGUUUGGCUGGCCUCAUCUAUGGCGAUGUUUUCAUUGGAACAUACGAGGCACUUCCAGCCUCUGAAGACUAUGCUUAAGAGCAAACAUCUUUUUUUUUUUUUUUUCUUUUCGUUUCUUGUUUUCGGUGAUAUGUUUUUCAUGAAUUUGCUUUAAGGGUCGAGGGGGUAACAUCCUCAUUGUUUGAAAACUGUUCCAAGAAUUAUAGAGGAAAGUAUGUAGUAAAUUAAAAAGAUUAUAUUAAAAAACCUCUACAAUAUUGAAAAUGUACUCGAUCUGUUUAAUUGGGUUCUUCUUGCUUACAAAGAUCGUGUUUGUAAUUUCGAAAUGUUCUUGAAUUCUUAAGUAAACUUCUCAA